AUGACGAACAUUGAUCGGUCGGCCAUUGACGUAGCUAUUGCGCUGCUGUGUCUCGUUCUCGUGGCUCUCGUGGCUGUCCUUUACGUCCUCUGCCGGAAGAAGUUCGCCGCCGUGGACCCGGCAGCCGGCGAAGGCAAAGUCAGCACGUCGGGCCCCAUCCUCCCAGCCGCGCACUUCCACCAGCUGAGCGAUAUGGAGACCGCCACGGCCGGUUUCCAUGGCUCGCGCGUGGUGGGCUGUGGCCGGCUGGGGACCGUAUAUAAGGCUGAGGAGGCCGACGGCGGGCGCGGCUACAGCGUGAAGCGCAUCCAUCACCACCUGGUGUUGGGCAAUCCCGGUAUGAGCUUCUCCUCGCGGAUGAAGUCGCUCUCGUACGCGUGCCACCACCCUAACGUGGUGCCCGUCCUGGGCUUCUCCGAGGCGCCGGGGGAGCGCCUCAUCAUCUCGGAGUUCGUGGGAGAAACCAGUUGCAGCCUGGAGCACUACCUUAAACAGGGGAGCGCGGUCCUUGGCUGGGCGGCCCGCCUCCGGAUCGCGACCGGUGCGGCGCGCGGCAUCGAGCACCUCCACGACGCCAGCGUGCCGGGCGUCGUGCACGGGUGCGUGAAGCCGAGCAACAUCCUGGUGGACGCGGGGCUCUGCUCCAGGGUCUGCGAUUACGGACUCAGCUUCCUAAUGGAGGCGGCGGACAGGGCGAGGGAGAUGGAGGGAUACGUGGACUGGGAAGGCGGCGGCGCGUGCAAGGAGAACGACGUGUAUGCAUUCGGGGUUGUUUUGCUGGAGUUGUUGAGCGGGAGAAGGUGCGACGGCGGGAGGCUGGCGGAUUGGGCACUGGCGCUGAUGAGGGAGGACAGAGCAGGGGAGGUACUGGACGCGCGGGUGGCCGCGCCGAGGGACGUGCGGCCGUUGCUGAGGAUGAUGAAGGUGGCAGCGGCGUGCGUCGGGAACGGCCGGAAGACGCGUCCUGGGAUUGCCCAGGUGGCGGCGAUUCUGAGCAGCUUGGAAGCGCAACCUUCUAGUGCGCAGUCUCCAGAUGAAGUAUCCAAAUCUUGA